UUGAGACAAAAUUGAACUUUAAUUUCCUUUAGAAGCAGCCCCCUCACCCUCACGCACUCCUACACAAACCUCACAAUCAACAGAUGAAGACACUCAACCAGGUUCAAGUAAAGACUCCAUCACCUCACCUCCAAACACGACCACCACAUCUCUCACCUCCACACAACCCUCCUCAACCUUACACACAUCCACCAGCAUCACGGAAUCAGGCCCCUCACCCUCACACACUCCUACACAAACCUCACAAUCAACAGAUAACGACACUCAACCAGGUUCAAGUAAAGACUCCAUCACCUCACCUCCAAACACGACCACCACAUCUCUCACCUCCACACAACCCACCUCAACCUUACACACAUCCACCAGCAUCACGGAAUCAGGCCCCUCACCCUCACACACUCCUACACAAACCUCACAAUCAACAGAUAACGACACUCAACCAGGUUCAAGUAAAGACUCCAUCACCUCACCUCCAAACACGACCACCACAUCUCUCACCUCCACACAACCCUCCUCAACCUUACACACAUCCACCAGCAUCACGGAAUCAGGCCCCUCACCCUCACACACUCCUACACAAACCUCACAAUCAACAGAUAACGACACUCAACCAGGUUCAAGUAAAGACUCCAUCACCUCACCUCCAAACACGACCACCACAUCUCUCACCUCCACACAACCCUCCUCAACCUUACACACAUCCACCAGCAUCACGGAAGCAGCCCCCUCACCCUCACGCACUCCUACACAAACCUCACAAUCAACAGAUGAAGACACUCAACCAGGUUCAAGUAAAGACUCCAUCACCUCACCUCCAAACACGACCACCACAUCUCUCACCUCCACACAACCCUCCUCAACCUUACACACAUCCACCAGCAUCACGGAAUCAGCCCCCUCACCCUCACACACUCCUACACAAACCUCACAAUCAACAGAUAACGACACUCAACCAGGUUCAAGUAAAGACUCCAUCACCUCACCUCCAAACACGACCACCACAUCUCUCACCUCCACACAACCCUCCUCAACCUUACACACAUCCACCAGCAUCACGGAAUCAGGCCCCUCACCCUCACACACUCCUACACAAACCUCACAAUCAACAGAUGAAGACACUCAACCAGGUUCAAGUAAAGACUCCAUCACCUCACCUCCAAACACGAUCACCACAUCUCUCACCUCCACACAACCCUCCUCAACCUUACACACAUCCACCAGCAUCACGGGUAACUCCACACAGUUUGAGCUCUCUGAUAGAAUUAUUAAUGUUUAUUGAGACAAAAUUGAACUUUAAUUUCCUUUAGAAGCAGCCCCCUCACCCUCACACACUCCUACACAAACCUCACUAUUACCAGCUCAAGGUCACGAUUCGGCUCUUGAAAAGUGUUAUUUACUUCUUUGAACUCCUCCUAGACCGUUAGUCCGAUUUUCAUCAAAUUUGACUCAGAUCAUCUUCAGAAGCCACUGGCAAAAAGUUGUGGAUUUUGUGUCCAUAUACAAAACGGUUUUUGUUUAGCGCAUUACCGGAUUUGCUGGAAAGAUGCCAAAAUACAUCUGAGGCUGUAUCUCAGCAAAGCUUUGAUAUAUUUACACCAAACUUUGUAUGUGCCAUUGUCACCUCACAGAGAGCUUGCCACAUCAAUUUAGUAACAUCGCCACCUGU